CGCACAGACAUCUCGCACGCCGCAGCUACGCGUGCCUAUAAACGGCGCACGCGCACGCGAAUCCCCGCCGCGUCCUUCCCGAACACGUGCUCCUAAGUGGUUCCAUGAUUACACCUGACCAACAUGCAAGAACAAAGUUCGUCGCGUUCGAGUAAAUCCACCUUGAACUCUUUGGAAAGCGCUAUCAUCAAACUGAAGAACAACUUGCAGAUACAAGACAGCAAGACUACGGACAUGAGUGGACUGUUGGCCGUCGAUCCGCCUUCUCCGCACGCGGAUACCAAAAUUAAUCCAAGUAAGAAUCCUAGUUCAUCUUCAACGGCGAAUAUAAACUUAUCUAUUGCGUCAGCCGCGCUGUUACAAGAAAAUAUGCUUCAAAGAUCACUACAAGGUGUAGUUAUAUCGCUACAGAAUGCAAUGAUGAAUUCUUUGCAACAAGCUGCACUCCUACCGUCAAAUUCUGCAGCAGCCGCUGCUCUUAACUUACAAGCACUAGAAUCUUAUUUGACGCUACAAAGAUUAACGUCCGUCUCAACUGUGAGUAAUACUAGCCAAACGAAUACGUCAGAAAGUAAUUCAUCUCCGAAGCAAGAUAUAUUAAGGAUAGCGACGGCAAGUGCAAAAAUAAAUGAAGUCGACUCGCCCGAUAACGCAUCUAGAGAAUUUUCACCGAAAACCCCGGAGGAAUAUCCCAUUAAUGACGCAAUAGCGGCUGAAGACGUGGAUUUAUCGGAAGAAGUCGAAGAAGAUUUAGCGUUACUUGAUAAUGAAGACGAAUUUACUUUAGAACAACAUUUGGAAUCCACGUCGAAAGGGUACGGCUACAGCUCACAAAAUUUAGAUAAUGGAUACCCAAGCCUUUUAAUGAAUGCCAUGUAUCAACAACAAAUGAAUGGUAGUCCAUCGCAAGCACCAUUGUCGCCUCAAGCUUCGAACUCUUCGAGUUCUAAGUCGACAAACAGCUCAACGUCUUCCACUGGAAGUAGUAUACAAAAUAAACAAAAGACGACUGCAAGUGGUCCACGGACGAAAAAGCAAUUCAUCUGCAAGUUUUGUAACCGACAGUUCACGAAAUCGUAUAACCUGCUAAUACAUGAAAGAACCCAUACGGAUGAGCGGCCAUAUUCUUGCGACAUCUGUGGGAAAGCAUUCCGACGGCAAGAUCACCUUAGAGAUCACAGGUAAAUAUUUCAUUUUAUAAUAAGUUGUGUUUAGUUUUUCAUAUAUAUUUAUUUUAUUUUAGUAUCGUUAUUUAAUAAUAUAAAUUUUAUUUCUAUAAACUACAUUAUGUUUUAACCCAUAUCUUAUAUCUUAGAAUAAUUAUUUUGAAGAAGACUCAAAAAUAAUAUCCCAAGAUUUUUUUGAACAGUUAUAUAUUUAUUUGUUUAAAUUUAGAUAAAUUUGUCAUUUAUUACAUUCUUAUACAACUGUUGUGCAAUAUAACCUUUUUUAUGCUUUGUAUUGUAUUAUUAAGGUCCACAGGGCCACAUGCACCAACAUACCUUUUUGUUUUAACUUUUAUGUUUUUUGAAGAAAGAUUGAGAUUUAAACGAUUUUUUUAUGUAGUAUAUUUUAAAACUUAGGUGAGCUUACUUAGGUAAUGAUUUGUUUUCACAUAAAAUGUUAUCACUCCAAUAAUACAAUACCAUCUAUAAUUAUUCAUUUUCCUUCUUUAAUCAUAAUCAAUAAUGUUCAAUGUGUGACUCACAAAAAUACCCUAAAUAUCCAUUCUAAGAACGUCACACAACAUAACCCGUCGUCUUAUCUUCCACAUUAUCUUCACACCCGAGGAAAUAGCUAAAUCAAUUGUCGUCAUUAAUACCAUGUCCUCACCAUGAACAUCGGAUCGAAUGGCGCUGGUCUUUUUUUAUAAGAUAAAGUGUCAAAAACGUAGGAGGGCGAACCACAACACUUAUUUUUCGAAAUCAAUAAAAGAUAUUAGUCCUUGGGUUUCAACGCGAAUCGUUAUGAUCUUUUGAAUAAUGGCGGUACGCUUGAAAUAUUUAAAACAAAAAAGGGUUAAGUAUGGACCGAGCAGAUGCUAUCGACACGUCGUUCGUCACGCUCGUAAAUUAUUUCACAAAACUGCCGCUAAUCCGAGAAGGGCCGAUGUUUUAAUUUUGGCCUUCAGACUGAUUUCUUUUUUCCUCUCUUGAAUUCCUUAUAAAUCUUUGUGCAAGUUAACAUCUCAAAAUGCUUUUCGGUGAUAAAAUAAAACUCUAAAUUGUAUAGGUAUUAAGUUCAUUGAUGAGUACCUGUUUUUAAAUAGAUAGACCUCCAAACGAUUUUACGUAUCUCGAAAACAAUCAAUAUCUUAAUGCGGUUACAAUAAGUCAUAAUCUCUCUUAAUCUAUUUUCGACUUAUCUGAGUGCCCCACCCAAAAACAGCUAAAGGUGUUGAAUUUUUAACACCUGUCUCUCGGCAAUUUCCUUCCAAAAUCACCGUAUCUCUUCGGCAAUAAAAUAAAUUUCGUGUAGGCGCUCGAGGGUUAAACCCGGCCCGACCUGUCGAUGUUCAAUCGAUGUUCGUUGACACCAUACAUUAUAAUGGACCGGAGCGAGCCUUCGACGGGAUUUAACAAAGCACGUGGUGAUCCUGACGCGAGGAUUAAUAUAGACGACAAAAAAUAAACCUUUGCAUGUACAAUCGGGUUUUCGACCAGCCUUCGAGAUUUUUUUUGUCACGAUCGAGAUACGUGGAUCAUGUUUUCAAAAGAUCAAAUGAAUUUGUUGCCAAUCAUUGUUUUUGACUUUAACAUUAUGCGCUCAAGAAAAGUUUAAUAAGACAAUUCGUUAAGUUAUCGAUUCGUAUUACGCGCUCAAUUUAAAGACGGAGUGGCCGCGUUGGUUCCAGUUAGGCCUACACUGCGCUCGCGUCGGUGACUUGUUGCGCUUGACUACGCGCGAGUCCGUAUCUGUCCUAAUCACCGUCAUCAUCUCAUGUUUUAAUAUUCCAAUCAUUAUUUCAUUCAUCAUCUCAUAACGCUUUAUCGUCACCGAUCUAACUGAUCCAAACGAUCAUUAUAGGUAUUACAUUACGUUGAACACGUCGUAAUUUUAGAUUUUGUUUGUUUAUCCAAUACACGAGUAAUUUCUCGGCUUCGAUAUUCGAGUGCCGUAUUUCUCGUUAUGCGUUAUUAUUGAUUACAUGUUGUACGGUGUUAAUUAUAUGUUGUAAGUCUAAAUUCAAUUUGAAAGUAGUUUUUGGAGUUCUUUAUGAUAUUAUAGGCGUGUACAUGUACGUAUUUCCAGCGUGUUUGAAAUAAACAGUUAUUGCCGAUGUUGGAUAUUUGUUUACAGAACUUUCACAUAAUAAUGAUUUAGGACUAAAUAAAUAAUAUUAAAAUUAGCAAAUAGCACAUAAUUAUAGCUAUAGUUCAAAUCCUAAAAUCGUAUCAUGAGAAGUUACACAACUAAACGAUAACCUUAACGGUUGUUAGGAAAGUAAAUAAACUUACGCCAUAAAUUUUGUGGGGUCAUUUCCAAAGAUAGCUUUAACUAGUAAAAGCGAACCAACAUUUGUUAUGCCCACAUGCUCUCGCUGGCGUAAAUUAAUGAUUAUAGCAAUAAAAACAAGGUUGUACGCCAAUUUAUUGCCAAUAUCCCGCGGGGGCUUGUUUGCUUCCCGCCUGCUCCCAUCCACAAGGUGUUCUCAACACGCUCCAAUGUUUCGGUGCCUGGAGACAUGACGUAUUUAUUGCACUCUCACAGCAUCCUGCGCUAAAUGGUGCACUCCUUUUUCGUAGUCGCCUCAUAGUUUAUUGUUUUAAAUUUUAUCUUGAGUGUACUUAUUUUUCAUAUGGUUUCAUUGGUGAUCUUGGGGGCUGAAAUAGCGGGAUUGUACAUUUAAUUUAUUGUAUAUUCAUUCAAAGGAGAAACCUUUCAAGUGUCUCGAAUGCGGGAAAGGCUUCUGCCAGUCGAGAACAUUGGCGGUUCACAAAAUUCUUCACAUGGAGGAGUCACCACACAAGUGCCCCGUCUGCAGCAGAAGUUUCAACCAAAGGUCUAACUUGAAGACCCACCUGCUAACCCACACGGAUAUAAAACCAUACAAUUGUUCAUCGUGUGGGAAAGUCUUCAGAAGAAACUGUGAUUUAAGAAGACACAGUCUAACCCACAACCUUGUUGGCAUGGCUUCCGUGAACACAUCUCCUAGUGGUAGUAAUGGGAAGAGUCCGUUACUAAACCCUAACUUUCCUAUAGACAACAUAGACACUGAAGAUGAAAAUUAAAUUAUUAGUGUCCUUUAUGGUGUAGUGCAAGUUUUUUUAAAAGACUGAUUAAAUUAUGCCUAUGAAGUUGAAACCCUAUUGUUAUAAGAGAGAUUUUAAGUGGAAGUGCUUUGGACCAUUACAAAAUGAUUAUGCACUGUCGAAUAUUGUUAGAAAUUUCAAACUUGCGAUUAAGUUUCGUUUGUUAUGUAAAGCAUAUUAUAUUUUGAAGAUUAUAUUUUAUAAUCUCAGUUUAUUCCAAUCUGAUCGUGGCUAUUUUAUUAUUAUAGGUAAUCUAAUCUUGCUUUAUUUUAUCUCAACCUCUGUUUCCGUAUAUUCAAAAAAUUACGCUGUCGUAGCAUUUUGGUUCAAUCACGAAAUAAUUAGAAUAAGAAUUGCAAUAGUCUUAUUGAAAUCUUUGAAUUUUACCUAGUAUUAUUUAGUAUAAGUUUCUCUAAAUCUUGUAAAUUUUCUGAUCUCAUUUUUAUUGUGUAUGUAAAUAUAAAUAUGUCUAAGUCAAAGCUCUCCAUCCGUCCGUAUUGUUACUUAAAAUGUAUUAUAGAAAAAUAUGUAACAAUAAAAUCAUGAGAUGUAUAUGAAUUUAUAGUGCCUAAGUAAAAUUGUCUUCCUGUUUUGGAUGCACAAAAAUUAUAUAAAAACAUUUUUGAGAGUUGUGCUGUUUGUUUAAAUUUAAUAUAAUUAAACUUAUGACCUCA